UUUAAUCAAAUAAUCAAAUAAUUAUGUACGGGUAUAUCACAGUUUCUUUUCCUUCCCUUGUUUCCACAAAAAUUAUGCAAAAUGAUUUCCCACCAAAUUGAAUGUUUUUUCCAACGUUCAAAAACAAUGCUUCAUCUUCUCCAACUUCAUUCUCUAUUCAUCAAAACAGCCAUUCAUCACGAUGAGUAUCGUCUCUCCCAAUUCAUAUCAUUAUCUUCUUCAAUAUCCCUUCAAUAUACCCGUACAUUUUUCGAUAAUUCUCACAUCAUACCAUCAAUCUUCGCAUGGAACACAAUGAUGAGGGCAUAUUCCCAAUUAGAGUCUCUGAAGCUCUUCAAACAGUUCCAAAAGAUCGGAUUAAAACCAGAUAAAUUCACAUUCCCUGUUGUGCUAAAGGUUUCUGGGCAUUGUUUGAUGAUAGGAACUGGCGGAUCAUUGCAUUCGAUGGCUGUGAAGUCGGGUUUUGGUUCAGAUUUACAUGUGGACAAUACUCUUUUGAGAAUGUAUGCUGUAUUUGGUGUGAUCAAGUUUGCAAGACAGGUGUUUGAUGAAAUGCUUCAGAGGGAUAUAGUUUCUUGGAGUUCAAUGAUGUCUGCUUACGUUCAUUGUAACUUGCCUUCAGAUGCUCUGCUCCUGUUCCAAUGUAUGAAGCUAGCAAAUGAAAAGCCAAAUUCUGUCACUUUGGUUAGCUUGCUGGGGGCAUGUACUCAUAUCCUGAAUAUCGGAUUAGGUAAAUGUAUUCACUCGCACAUUGUUACCAGUGGUAUUGAACUACAUGUUGAGCUGGAAACAGCCCUCCUUGGGAUGUAUGCAAAAUGUGGUCAUAUACAGCAGGCUUUCCGCAUAUUCAAUUCGAUGGAUGAUAAAAAUCUGCAGACUUGGACCAUCAUGAUUUCUGGUCUUGCUGAUCAUGGACAUGGAGAAGAAGCUAUGUCCUUGUUUGCCAGAAUGGAAGAGUCUGGCUUUAGGCCGGAUAGCUUAUCAUUUUCUGCAAUCUUAUAUGCUUGUAGUCAUAAUGGCUUUGUUGAUGCGGGCCGUGAAUAUUUUGAAAAAAUGGCAAGUAUUUAUGACAUCAGGCCAACUAUGGAACAUUACGGAUGCAUGGUGGAUAUGUAUGGACGUGCUGGAGAAUUAGAAGAAGCUUAUGAUAUUAUAAGGAGCAUGCCUACAGAGCCUAAUUCUGUGAUAUUGAGGAGUUUCAUUAGUGCUUGUAAGCAUCAUGGUCAUAUUCCUUGUGCAGAAGAAAAUAUAAGGGAGAUUCUCCUCAAAAUAGAGCCUGAUCUCGGAUCAAACUAUGUACUUGCAUCUAGUUUGUCUCAUCUUUUUGGUAAUUGCAGCGAUGCGAACAGCCUAAGAUCGUCUAUGAAAGUAAAAGGGAUAAAGAAAUAUCCUGGUAGCAGUUGGGUGCAGUCACUUGAUAGUCUUGCCGAAGGAAGCAGUUGAAGGAUCUGGUAGUAAUGUUUUGUGUUUAUGCCAAUAGAAGAGGCAAUUCAAAUCACAGGAAUGAAGUCAAUGUUACAUUCCAAAGACGAGAGAACACUAUCAAGGUGGAGGAAAAUGAAUUGCUUCUUUUUGGGUAAUGAGGUCAUGGGAUAUGACAUUUAAGAGGAACUGCACAAAUUGGUAUACUUCUGGACAAGGAAAAGCCAUGCUCUGUCAGAGCUACAACUCUGUUAUCCUUCUCAAAUUAUUUCUAACAAUCAAUCAUGCCUAGAUAUUGGACUAGUUGGGAUCAUCUUUAUGAGUCUCCUAUAUUCUACCUCAUUUGGGGCCAUUCUUUUUGAUACCGGUAAAUGAUUUGUUUUCUCCAUAAGCUACUCUUUCUUUUCAAAAAUAUAUGGUUAAGGUUAAUCUUGGAAUUCUAUUCAGAAGUUGGGAUGCCCUUAAAGUGGCACCUCAGCAUGGCCUGAAACUUUGGUUAAAAACUAUGAGGUAUUCCCAUGUUAAACAAAUUCAAAAUCUUUUAUGAUGUCAAGGCUCAAGUCUUUCGCUUUGAGCUCUGGAAAUUUAAAUUAAACCAAGUGGUAUCUUCAUUUAUCUGUUAGUUUAAUUGGAAUUUCUGAAAUGAAGGAGAAGAAAGCAGUGAACAUGUCAUGCUGGAGUAGGUUUUGUUGUAAGCAAAAUAUGGAAACGAAGCUUUGGUAGUUGUACUACUCAAAGUAGCAAGUACAUUUGGGUUGAUAUAAUCUAUGAAAAGAGAGCAUGAAAAAUCAUCUGACUUCCAUUGCACCUAUAUCAGCAUGUGUCUGCUUUUAAGGUAUUCCCCUAAAUGCUUUGAAAGUAUAAUCACUCACACAUCCAUUUGCAUGUUAUUUUUUGGAGCUUGACUUAAAGCCAUCAGAAAAGGGUGAUGCUCUGUGUACUCUGUAUCUGUCGAUUCUCCAUGUCCUUCACAUUCCAUGAUUUUGGUAUGACUAAGCUUUUCUUAGAAUACUUAACUGCCAUGGGUUAGUGAGGUAAACUUUGGAUAUUUAUCACAACAAGAAAGAACCACUUGACUGAAAUACAUAUUCAAUAUUUAAUUAAGGUUCUUCUGGUCUCAUCUGCUUAAACUUAAGGAUCCAUUCAUUUGUAUAAUGCUGUUACUGCCAAUAUCAGAUGAACCUAGCUUGGUGGAAACCUCUUCGCUGUGUAUUACAUCACUUGCAUAUGAAAAAGUUUUGCGUUUCCUAUUCGUUCAUGAACAAUAUACCGUACUGGAUUGCUAAUGUAUUUCAUUUGAGAUCAUCCAGCACUCUAAAUUAUUGGAAGUAGCAGGCUUGCGAUCUCAAGCUGAUCCUGUCUUGUUGUCAUCAUUUUGAAGACUUCUCCUCUUUUGAAUGGUGACGAUCCUUAUAUGAGAUGAGACAUGAAAUGUUAUUCACGCAUGUUAGAAAGGUUGAGCUAGCUGGGACGGGGAGAAGGUGAUCUAUCAACAUGGAGAACCUGACAUCUGGUGGAGCCGUGUGAAGAAAUUUGAGAAUCUCUAGAAGGUUGUUAAACGGUUCCUUGGGUUCAUAUCUGAAAGGAUCAAUGAGGUGUUGAGCCUUUAAAAUUGCGAGCGGUGCAUACACACCUAAAUGAUCAGGUACCGAUGACACUCUUCAAAAUGGGGAAUUGACAAAGAAGGAAAACUUUCGCACUUGAGAUGCAUGCAACACUCCCAGCCUCUUGUAUUUCGUUGAUCUUCCACCUGGUAAAAAACUCAUUGGUUGUCGAUGGAUUUAUAAUAUCAAGUAUCUCUCUUCAGGGGAAAUAGAAAGAUAUAAAGCACGGUUGGUGGCAAAGAGGUUCAGUCAGAAAUAAGGCAUUGAUUUUGGUGAAACCUUUAGUCCUGUGGCUAAGAUGGUUACAGUCAGGUCAGUGGUUGCUCUUGCAGCUUAUGAAGGGUGGUACAUCUAUCAGAUUAAUGUCCAUAAUGCUUUCCUCAAUGGUGAUCUACUAGAAGAGGUAUACAUGACUAUUCCAGUGGUUUUGCUAGACAUAGGGAGACUCAAAAGGUCUGCAAACUCCACAAGUCAUUAUAUGGACUCAAGUAGUCACCAAGGCAAUUAAAUAUGAAUCUAACAGAAGCAUUAGUAGAUAUGGGGUUCAAACAGAGUCACUAUGAUUACUCUUUAUUCACAAAGUUGGUUGGCUAUGACCCAGUGAUAGUACUAGUGUAUGUGGAUGAUCUUAUAGUUACUAGAAGCAAUCAAAAACUCUUUUGUGACACCAGACAGGAGAUUCAAAAGAAGUUCAAGAUGAAGGACCUAGGUGAACUAAAGUUUUUUCUGGGAAUUGAGUUUUCUAGGUCCAACAAAGGCAUUCUCAUGUCUCAAAGAAAAUAUGCAUUAGAGCUAAUUUCUAAAUCUGGGCUAGGGGGAGCAAAGCCAACCUGCACACCACUUGAGAUGAAUCAGAAACUCACUUCUAUACAGUAUGAUGAACACAUCAAUAAUGGAAUUCCUGAAGGUGACACAAUUCUUGCCGACAUUACAAAAUGCCAAAGACUAGUAGGGAAACUUUUGUACAUUACCAUGACUAGACCUGAUCUUGCAUUCUCUGUACAAGUAUUGAGUCAAUUCAUGCAUUGUCCAAAAAAAUCACACAUGGAGGCAGCUUUAAGAAUGGUGAGAUAUAUUAACGAGGCACCUGGUUUAGGCUUGUUAAUGCCAGCAAAUGACACCAAUAAACUGACAGCCUACUGCGAUUCUAACUGGGGAGCAUGUGUGGUGACUAGAAGAUCAGUUACAUGAUAUGCAAUAAAGUUUGGAGAAGGUCUUGACUCUUGGAAGUCAAAGAAGCGAGAGACCGUGUCAAGGAGUUCAGCAAAAGCAGAGUUCAGAAGUAUGGCUGCAUGUGUAGCUAAAAUAACCUGGUUGGUAGGACUAUACAAAGAGUUAGGUGUCAAGAUAAACCUACUUGAUAUGUGAUAGUAAGUAAACUAUUAAAAUUGCUUCCAAUCCAAUCAUUCAUGAAAGAACAAAACAUUUUGACAUUGAUUGUCACUUUGUUAGAGAAAAAAUAUGUCAAGGGAUGUUGAAAACUGAGCAUAUUAAUACUAAAGACCAACUUGCAGAUGUGCUCACUAAAAGUCUAGGAAAGGUACAACACAAUAUGUUAGUGAGCCAGCUUGGAAUGAAGGAUGUGUUUCAACCAUAAGCUUGAGGGGGAGUGUUGAUCAAUAAAGUUCAAUGUACAAACCAUGUGGUGUGAAUCAGUUAGUUUGUUAGAGAAUAUACAAUUGUACAUAGUUAGGUUGAUAACUAAAUGUGUAUAAGCUGAAUUAUAAAUAGUCAGCUACAUGAAUGUAAUAGUUAGCUAAGCCAAUUCAAUGUAAAAGUAAUCUUAUCUUUA